GUCUGUAGUCUCUCUCAUCUCAUGUAGACAACACCCCAUUCAACCAAAAGGUCCACUCCCCUGUUUUCUGUCUUCUCUUUCCUCUUUCAUUUCCCCUUCUUUCCAAAAUCUAACACAAACCCAUUUCCCCAAAUCUCUCAUUUUCCAAUAUCCAAAUCCCCAAAAUCUUCACAUUUCCCCCUAAUAAAAUCAAAUCAACCCCACCACACAAACCCUCCAAAUCUCCCCUGUUUUUUUUUUAAUUUUAUUUUUUGGUUUUCAAAGGAAGCCGCUAGCCAUGUCUUCAGAUGAUGAAGCAGAGGAAUACCUCUUCAAGAUUGUAAUAAUUGGAGAUUCAGCUGUUGGUAAAUCCAAUUUGUUAUCAAGAUAUUCUAGAAAUGAGUUCAACAUGCACUCAAAAGCUACAAUUGGUGUGGAAUUUCAGACACAAAGUAUGGAAAUUGAGGGCAAAGAAGUAAAAGCUCAGAUUUGGGAUACUGCUGGUCAAGAAAGAUUUAGGGCUGUUACUUCUGCUUAUUACAGAGGUGCUGUUGGUGCGCUCCUUGUUUAUGAUAUUACUCGCAGAACUACCUUUGACAGUAUUGGUCGUUGGCUUGAUGAGCUCACUACUCAUUCUGAUACAACAGCAGCGCGAAUGCUGGUGGGAAAUAAAAAGGACUUGGACGACAUAAGGUCAAUAAGCAUUGAAGAAGGCAAAAGUCUUGCUGAAGAACACGGUCUUUUCUUUAUGGAGACAUCUGCAAAAGACUCGACCAAUGUAAAGACAGCGUUUGAGAUGGUAAUCAAGGAGAUUUACAGCAGUGUGAGCAGGAAAGUACUCAACUCAGACUCUUAUAAAGCUCAGUUAUCUCUUAAUAGAGUAAGCCUUGUUGAAGAUGAAAAGAAGCAAAACCAAGGCCUUAGUUCCUGUUGUUCUAGAUGAACUUUCGCGCGCAUAAAAUUGGAUGCAACUGAAAGUUUCUGAUUUUAUCACUGGAUCUUUAUAAUUUUUAUAUUUUCCUAUAUCAAUAUCAAAAUUUUGUACUUGAAACAUUAUAAUUUCUAAAUCAUAUUUGAGUGGUAUAGUAAAAUCAUGAUAUCCCUCUGCCCUAAAUUAAGGGGCUGAACUGAAUCUGUCUUCAACUUUGUUCUUGCUACAUUAUGAGGGAUCAUAUUAUUGUAUAUGAUCAAUUAUUCUGAUUAAAUGGUAGUAUAUUAUAUCUUGUUUAGUAGAA